GUGAGUUCAAGUCAUACCUGAGACACAGGUAUUGCAGUAUUAGUGCCAGAAUUGACUGUUGUUUCCCAAACUCUGUAAUACAGACUCUGUAUAUUGGGAUGAAAUAGCAUUGCGUUUGCAUUGAAUUCACUUUCAAAGUCUCAAACUCUCACUACAUAUUUGAAGAGACGGUUAAUUUGAUUACGUGUUUGUUUGAAGUGACGCACAAAUUAUCACAUUUUUUCUCUACCAUUUCCCUCAACAUCUCAUCCCAACAUCUUUUCCCACUAAUCUUCCACUCAAUUCAACUAUUUUUUGUGUUCAUUAAAUUUUUGGCAGAAGUUUAGCGAAAUAUAUUUUGAAAGAAGCGUUUUUUGAAGACAUAUGUUUGGUUUGUCGAUCGCUGUAUAAUUAGUGAUCAUUAAAACCCUUUAUAGUGAACACCGAUUAAAUACAGUGUCCUUAAAAUGCAAGGCGUUUCCAAGAGAAGACUGCAGACCAAAGCCUGUAUUGCGGGCGCAAAGACUUUCUUAAUGUUGUUUAACAUUAUUUUUUGGAUCGUAGGAAUAGUAUUGUUAAUAUCGGGAAUAUGGAUGAGAGCGUCGAUUGCCAAAGUGUUUGAAGUGUCCAAUUAUCACUUGGGUUUACCCACACUAUUCAUAGUGACCGGUCUGGCGAUGAUUGUGAUCGGAGUGUUCGCCUGUUGCUGUACUACUAAUGAAAAACCAACACUUCUUUUCACGCUCUCCAUCUUCUUCUUCAUUGUGUUUGUUAUGGUAUUUUCCGCUUCAAUAACGGGUUAUGUAUACAGAGAUAAUCUUAAAGAAAGUCUUCACAAUUCCCUUAACCAAACUUUACUCGAAUACGGAACCGGAGGUAUACUUGACAUGGAUUGGGAUCGGAUUCAACAGAAUUUGGAAUGCUGUGGAGUCGACGGCUUUAAAGACUGGAUUUACACGGAGUGGGCGAAUGAGAACCGAACCUUUCCAUACAGUUGUUGUAUUAAUAGCAAAACGUGUAACAAUUUAGAGCCCAAUCAAGUCUAUCCAAACGGCUGUUAUCAGGAAAUCUUGGAUCUCUUACAUAAUAACUUAAACGGCAUCGGAAUCGGAAUGCUUUUGGUUGCCUUCUUUCAGAUAAUCGGAAUGAGUUUAUCAUGUUGUUUGGCUCUCAACAUAAACAAAGCCCUAUACGAAGAGAUGUUGGAAUGAUUGUGAUCUCAUAUCAAACUAUUUUGUUAUGUUUUUUAUCAAAUACACUAAUAAUUAAUUUUUAAAUACAUUUUACAACAAAAAAUGCUCAAAAGUGGCACAAAAAGUAUUAUACGUUUAUUAAAAUUUUGAAUGAUUUUAUCGAAAAA